GUGGUCCACUCGUUUCCCUCCAGUCCUCGUCAGUGCAGCUGUGACGCUGUCACUCCGCUGCUAUCCCGUCGCUUUCCCUAAGAGCAGAGAAGCCGAAGCACCGGACAAACUCACCUCUCGUGAAGCCUGACAGCUAGCCUCAAUUCCCCGGACAAUGCACCACCGGCAGCACCGGUACUAGCAAGCAAGGCUUUGCCGGAUAAAGAGCUCGUUGGAGCGGAGUAAAGGAAGGACGAACGCCGCUGUCUGUGGAGGAGGAGGACGAGGUGGAGGAGGAGGAGGUUGGCGAGGGAAGGCGUGUGAGGACCCGGGGCGAGCUGAGUAAAUAUCGUAUGAUGAGCAUCCUCCUCCUCCAGCAGAGAGCCAAGGCCUGCCCGUGUUAUUCCCUCUGAGAGGAAGAGCAAGCGAUGUCACGCCACCACCACCGCUUUGAACGGGACUACUGGGCGCCGUGGGAGCGGAGGGACAUCCGCCCGUCGGGGGGCCUCCACAAUGGCGGAGCCAAUCAUUGCUGUGCCUCUGCUGUCGUCAAUGGCAACAACCGCCCGGGGCUCCUUCCCCUCCCCGUCAUCGCCUCCCUCCUGCCCACGCCGGCCACCGUUACCGUGACGACAUCCAGUGGCGACAUCGCGGCCAAGCGAGGCAUCGCGGCGGCAGCCAAGGUGUCGCCAGGUGACAACCAAAGCUCCGGCCUGCUUCUGACGCCGGGGGUCAGGUGGGGACAGACACCCAUCAACCAGCUCACGCCGUGGGACACCGACGAACCCCCCAGCAAGCAGCAUCGAGACAGCGAGGCCACAGGUCCCAGCUGGGUGGCGCCGGUCGCUGCCGUCAGCCAGUCCAGCCUCCUCCCCCACACCUACGCCCUCCCGCAACCACCCUCCUACAACCACAGCGUGACAGCCCAGUCCCCCAUCAUCGGGGUGACACCCUCCAUCCAGACACCGAUGCCCCCGCAGCACCCGCUCAUGACUGCUCACUUCCAGCUGACGCCCCAGUCCACCGCGCAGCCGCCUGCCAUGGUCCUGAGUGUGCCCAGCCAGCCGCCGUACGCCUCCGCCCAGCCCCCGGCGGCGCCGUCCGUGAUUCACCCCGGCCCUCAUGGCAUGAUGGGCAAUGGCCGCUUGAGCUCUCACCCGAACCUCAGCCAGCUCCCGACAGUGCCUCUCACCAACGGUCAGGCGACCAGCGCCCAGCCCCCGCUGGCGCUCGACAAUCAGGACGGUCCUAAUGGGCUGCAAAUGCUGCACACUGUCGGGAUGGGGAAGUACGAGUUCAGCGAUCCGGGACAUCCCAAAGAGAUGUUGAGGGAGCUGAACCAGCAGCGCAGAGCGAAAGACUUUACAGACCUGAAAAUUGUUGUUGAAGGCAAAGAGUUUGAAGUCCACCAAAAUGUUCUAGCUUCCUGCAGCUUGUAUUUCAAGGACCUGGUCAAAAGGUCAUCCGCCGAGGCGCGCAACGGCGAGAUGCUGAAGCUGAGCAUGAGCAACAUCGGCGCCGACGUGCUGGAGCAGCUGCUGGAGUUCGUUUACACGGGAUCGCUGGUCAUCGACUCGGCCAACGCCAAGACGCUGCUGGAGGCCGCCAACAAGUUCCAGUUCAACACCUUCUGUAAAGUCUGCGUAUCCUUCCUGGAGAAGCAGCUGACUGCAGCAAACUGUCUGGGAGUGUUGGCCAUGGCUGAAGCUAUGAGCUGCACGGAGCUACACAACAUGGCCAAAGCCUUUGCUCUGCAGAACUUCCCUGAGGUGGCGGGACAGGAGGAGAUCCUCAGCGUGUCCAGGGAGGACCUGGUGGCCUAUUUGUCCAACGACAGCCUCAACACCAAAGCCGAGGAGCUGGUUUACGAGACGGUCAUGAAAUGGAUCAAACGGGACUUCAGCUCCAGAGUCGAGCAUUUGUCUGAGCUGCUGGCCACCGUUCGCCUGCCCUUCAUCCACCCGUCCUACCUGCUCAACGUGGUGGACAACGAGGAGCUCAUCAAGUCGUCUGAGGCGUGCAGAGACCUCGUCAACGAGGCCAAGCGCUACCACAUGCUACCCCACGCCCGCCAGGAGAUGCAGACCCCCAGGACCAGACCCAGGCUCUCUGCAGGUGUGGCAGAGGUCAUCGUCCUGGUGGGGGGUCGCCAGGCCAUCGGCAUGAGUCAGCGUUCCCUGACGGCGGUCACCUGCUUCAACCCGCAGAACGGCAAGUGGUACCCGCUGGCCAGCCUACCCUUCUACGACCGGGAGUUCUUCAGCGUCAUCUCGGCCGGCGACAACAUCUACCUGUCAGGUGGCACGGAGUCGGGGGUGAUGCUAGCUGACGUGUGGUGCUACAUGUCCCUGCUGGACAACUGGAACCUGGUGUCCCGCAUGACCGUGCCCCGAUGCAGACACAACAGUCUGGUCUACGACGGGAAACUCUACACCAUCGGAGGCCUGGGUGUGUCAGGGAAUCUGGACCACGUGGAGAGGUACGACACCAUCACCAACCAGUGGGAGAUGGUGUCUCCGCUGCCCAAGCCGGUGCACUCAGCAGCGGCCACGGUCUGCGGCGGCAAGGUCUACGUUUUCGGCGGCGUCAACGAGGCCGGCCGCUCGGCGGGCGUGCUGCAGUCGUAUGUGCCGCAGAGCAACACGUGGAGCUUCAUCGAGUCGCCCAUGAUCGAUAACAAAUACGCACCAGCGGUCAGUCUCAAGGGCUUGGUGUACAUCCUGGGAGGAGCCUACGCCAGAGCCACCACCAUCUACGACCCUGACAAAGGCAACAUCAAAGCCGGGGCCAACAUGAACCACUCCAGGCAGUUCUGCAGUGCCGUCAUACUAGACGGGAAGAUCUAUGCCACAGGCGGCAUCGUCAGCAGUGAGGGUCCGGCGCUGGGCAACAUGGAGACCUUUGACCCCUGCGCUAACACAUGGACGCUGCUGCAGUCACUGCCCUGCCCGCUCUUCCGACAUGGCUGCGUGGUCAUCAAGAAGUACAUCCAGAGCGGCUGAGGGCGGGGGGCGGGGCUCGGGGCCGCCCAGCAACAGUGCCAACGCCCCACCGGCAGGUGUCGCCUUGGCCCGGGCCAUGUACCUCGUUUGGCGAAGGCUGUCUUCUUCAGCUGACAUCACCACCGCCCCUACCCGGUCCCCCGGCCCGCCGGUCUGCCGCCCCUCUUUGCCAAACGCCAACCCUUCCAAAAAACACCCUGUGUAGAAUGUACUGGACUUGUUGGCCAUGUUGUCCAUCAUGGUCUAUCAUGGUCCAUCAUCACCUGCAGGGACCCUCUUAGUAAACCACCUUCCUUUUCUAUCCUUCUUCAUUGGAGACACAGAAUGUUUCAACCCCACUAGUGACAUCUCCUGGAUGGGAGUGACACCUCGGGGACAGGAGGGACAUUUGAGGGGCGGGGAGUCAAAUUUGCGGAUGGGGCUAACAUCUAAGAAACAGGGUUGGCGUCUAGGAAACGGGAGUGACCUCUAGUAAACACGGGUGACAUUUGGGGGGCGGGGGUGGCAUCUAGAGAACGGGACGGUCUCCAUGAGAUGAGGACUAACGUCUCACGAGGGUGAAGUGGUUUUUUUGUAUCUGUUCUUAAGGGUGAUUGGCCGCCCCCCCGUGCUGAUCAGGACUAUGUUGGGGGUUUUAAAAAAGCACAAAAAUCACCAGUGACUGUUAGCUUUUCUUUCCUUCCUUCCUUCCUUCCUUCCUUCCUUCCUUCCUUCCUUCCUUCCUUCCUUCCUUCCUUCCUUCCUCCUUCCUGCCUUGUUAGCUUUUUAUACGAGUGUGGUUGGCGCCCACUAGAGGCGGGUGUACUCUAGGUGGGCUUCUGUAAAUACAGCAAGGAGAAAUAUGUAUAUUUUACAAACCUGGGAGGCAACUCUCUAUAAAUGUUUUUACAAAAGAUUCAUAGCUUGACUUCAAAAAGUGCGAUUUGUGUAAAUGUGCAUCCCAAAAAAACUAGCCAUUUUAGCUAGCUAGCAAAAGGAAAGUUUUACUUUUAUUUCAUAGAAGUGGACAAGAGUAGAUGACAUCAGCUACAAAAAUAGCUUAGCACCAAUUUGGAUGUUUUGGACGUGGUAUGUCACUAAAAUAUGUCUUAACGGCUGGUGCCCGGAAUUUGAUUCCAACCGGCGGAUUUUGGCCUUUGCGUUUUGAAUGAAAUGGAAAAUGUCAACAAUGCCAAUAGCUAGCAUGCGAGCAACCUGCUAUGGAUUCAACAAAUGGCAAUUUGAUGUGCUGAAGUUAGCACCAUUGAGUCACUAUUGCUUUAUAGGCAUGCCCAUAAACAGCCUUUUAGAAUAGCUGGUUUUGUUUGACAUAUUUCAUUAUUCAUCUUCCACCAGUGAAUCUUUUUGGGAUGUGGGAGGAGUUAGCACCCUUGGGUCACUAUUGCUUUACAGGCAUGCCCAUAAACAGCCUUUUAGAAGAGAUGGUUUUGUUUGACAUAUUUCAUUAUUCAUCUUCCACCAGUGAAUCUUUUCGGGAUGUGGGAGGAGUUAGCACCCUUGGGUCACUAUUGCUUUACAGGCAUGCCCAUGAACAGCCUUUUAGAAGAGCUGGUUUUGUUUGACAUAUUUCAUUAUUCAUCUUCCACCAGUGAAUCUUUUUGGGAUGUGGGAUUUUUUUUCUUUUUGGGAUUUUCAUCUUAUUUAUUCUUAACUACUCCUCCAUUUCCUAACCAAGUCAAACAAAUCCAACAUCAAAAUGUUCAGCUCACUCAGGACAGAUACCAAUUCAGGAUUUUCACAAAUAUUUAGUGUCAUUUCAUAUUUUCUGGAAGGAAUAGCCAAUUUAAAUGGCGCCCUCUGCUGGUGAAAAGUGACUUCCAAUGUUCUAUGGCUGAAUCACUUUGUGACGUCAACAGUGAUGAUGUGGCUUGGUUGAUAAAGUACGGGGCUACCUGGUUCAAUUCCUGCUUAUGCGUUCAUCAUGUUGCAUAAAAGGGCUGGCCAGUUGGAAGAUAAAAAUAAAAAGACUAGAUUUUU